GUGUGACCUCACAUCCGUCUCUUCAGAUAGACUCUUGUCUGCCGGCAUUUUCUUUUUGUUUUUCCGUCUCUGAGUUUAAUCCUAAAACCAGCCCUCUGUUUUGUUAACCGGUUAAGAGGUUCGGGAAUAAGUUUGUUGGUGCCACGCUACACCAUGCCUGGAUUUUCAGACAGAGAUCGUGGCAGAGACAGAGGGUAUGGUGGAGGACCCCCUCGUUUUGGCGGUGGUGGAGGAGGCAAUAGGGGUGGACCUCCUCCUGGAAAAUUUGGCAACCCUGGAGAGAGACUGCGAAAGAAACACUGGAACCUCGAUGAACUUCCAAAGUUUCAGAAGAACUUCUACCAGGAACAUCCUGAUACCUCCCGAAGACCACUUCAAGAGAUUGAACAGUACCGGAGAAGCAAAGAGGUUACUGUUAAAGGCAGGGAUUGCCCCAAACCAAUAAUAAAAUUCCAUGAAGCUGCAUUUCCAAGCUAUGUCAUGGACAUCAUAAGCAAACAAAAUUGGACUGAACCAACUCCCAUUCAGUCUCAGGGGUGGCCUGUUGCCCUAAGUGGCAAAGACAUGGUUGGCAUUGCUCAAACUGGGUCUGGGAAAACCCUUGCAUACCUUUUGCCUGCUAUUGUGCACAUCCAGCAUCAGCCAUUCUUGGAACAUGGAGAUGGACCAAUUUGCUUGGUGCUGGCACCAACCCGGGAGCUGGCUCAGCAGGUGCAACAAGUGGCUGCUGAAUAUGGGAGGGUCUCCCGUCUCAAGAGUACCUGCAUCUACGGUGGUGCACCCAAAGGACCCCAAAUAAGGGACCUUGAGAGGGGUGUUGAGAUUUGCAUUGCAACCCCGGGUCGUCUCAUUGACUUCUUGGAGUGUGGCAAGACCAAUUUGCGUCGUUGUACCUAUCUGGUGCUGGAUGAAGCUGACCGCAUGCUGGACAUGGGCUUUGAACCUCAGAUCCGCAAGAUAGUGGAACAAAUUCGGCCAGACCGUCAGACCCUGAUGUGGAGUGCCACCUGGCCUAAGGAAGUUCGCCAGCUGGCUGAAGACUUCCUGAAGGAUUACGUCCAGAUCAACAUUGGUGCACUGCAGCUUAGUGCCAACCACAACAUCCUGCAGAUCGUCGAUGUUUGCAAUGACAUGGAGAAGGAAGACAAAUUGAUCCGUUUGCUGGAGGAGAUAAUGAGCGAAAAAGAAAACAAAACCAUCAUUUUCGUGGAGACCAAAAGGCGGUGUGAUGAGCUUACUAGGAGGAUGAGAAGAGAUGGUUGGCCAGCAAUGGGAAUCCAUGGAGACAAGAGCCAGCAGGAGAGGGACUGGGUCCUUAAUGAGUUCAGGUAUGGCAAAGCACCGAUCCUCAUCGCGACAGAUGUGGCCUCCCGUGGCUUAGAUGUGGAGGAUGUGAAAUUUGUCAUCAAUUAUGACUACCCUAACUCCUCCGAGGAUUAUAUCCAUCGCAUUGGACGCACAGCCCGCAGUCAAAAAACGGGCACAGCCUACACCUUCUUCACCCCCAACAACAUGAAACAAGCCAGCGACCUGAUCUCUGUGCUCCGCGAGGCCAACCAGGCCAUUAACCCCAAACUGAUCCAAAUGGCAGAGGACAGAGGAGGUCGUGGACGGGGGGGAAGAGGUGGCUACAAGGACGACCGUCGGGAUAGGUAUUCUGGGGGUGGGAGGAGCGGCUUUGGUGGUAGUAGCUACAGGGAUAGGGACAAUGAUAGAGGGUUUGGCGGUGGGCCCAAAAGUGCCUUUGGUGGCAAUAAAGCCCAAAACGGUGGCAACUAUGGGGGUAACAGUGGCAACUCUAGUGGUAGCUAUGGCAGCAACAAUUAUAACAACAGCAAUGGACAGGGUAAUUUCGGUGCUCCACCUAACCAGGUGAGUGCCUUUGGUAACCAAAGCUUCCAGGGGCCCCCUCAGUUCGGGGCCAUGCAGAGGGCUGCUCAGAAUGGCAUGAACCACCCUCCAUUCCCGUUCAACUCACAGCCGCCACCACAGGGCCAACAGCCACCACCCCCUCCACCAAUGGUGCCCUACCCCAUGCCACCACCCUUCCCACAGUAGAUUUGAUAUACGCACAAUAUAUGGAACCAACAUGAUUUUUGUUUAGACUUGAAUCUUACAUUAUUCUUAUCAUUAUUAUUAUUAUUAUUAUUAUUAUCCUUUGUACUGUGUAUCUUUGUUUUGCUUACAGCAGGGUUGGAAAUACUCAGUACACCCAGAGCAUUAAAUGGAGUCAUAGACACGUCUCCUAUUGUGCAACUUUGAUUGCUGCACUUUUCCUUGAUCGUUUUUUUGUUACAUUCCUCAGUAAUUUAUUUUUACUAGGUAAUGCAGUGUUUUCAGUUUGUGGUAUGUUAAAGUGAUGUUAUGGAGCUCAUAUUAAAAGGGUGCCUGUUGGCCCUUUUAAAUAAAAGGAAGAAAAUGGGAA